AUGGCGUUUUUGUUGGAAGAAGGCGAUGGCAGCGUCGUGGAGGCCGCACUGUCCUUCUUGGAUACCUUUGGACCGGAGGCUCCGGCGACACCGUCCGACAGGGCACCAGAUCCGGUGACAUAUUCCCCAAUCUCUGUAUCGACCAGCGAUAGCUCGUUGGACGUUGUCGAGAAAGAUGGAAGUGAUGCAGUGAAGAAAAGGGAGUGGAACAUCCCCGAUAGGAGGAAGAUGCUGCGAGCUGUUGGCGUCUACGGCAACUCGAAGAAAGUCCGUCGCAACCGCCGGAUCGAGAUCGCCCACCUUCGAGAGCAACUGGAGAAGCUGCAGAUUGAUCUCGAGGUGCUUAAGAGCCAGAAAGGUGCCACGAACACAGUUACGCAAGUUGUUCCUUUGGCCUCGCAUCAUAAGCGGACGAGUGCAGAGACUGUCGCUGACCCGACGAUGUCGACGGUGUGGGAGAAUAUCGCAGACAGUCAACGCAGCCGCAGGGAGAAGACCGAGUGCGAAAGUAUUCGCCUGAAGAUGAUGAUUGCGCACCAGCAGAAGGUGGCGGACAACCUGCGCGCCUUGAUCCAGAAACGAGCGAGUCUGCUGGGUGCGGAGUGCGCCUUCCUUGAGGACGCUGAGAACCCGAUACAUCACACGUUGGACCUCAGUGGGGACCUGGGCGAGUUUCAAGACCUCUUCUAUCACUUGGACAGUGCUUAUCGAGAGGUGAACGCUGUGUUUGCGUCAAACGGUUUAAGCGACAUGGUGGUCACGCGAAGUGAAGUCCGAGUUCGGAAUAGGGUGCGCGGCAAGUACGUGGAGCUGUUCUUCAACAAGGUGCUGCCUUUCAAGCUGAAGGACGCGGCAGAAGCUACAUGGAAUCAGAGGAGGUGA